AUGAACUCUGUGUCACCCCAGGCCAAUAUCUGCGAUGAAGCUCGCCAGGACGCAAACCAAUGUGCUCUGACAACCGACGCAACCACAGAACGGCACCAGAAGACCACUGGCAGCAAGCGACAGAAGACGUUCACGGGUUGCUGGACGUGUCGCGAGCGGCAUGUCAAGUGUGACGAGGAGCGACCGAGGUGCAGACGCUGCACUACUGGAAGCUUCGUUUGUCAAGGCUAUGGCACUCGGUUAACUUGGUUGACGCCAAAAAGCCAGAAAGCACAGAAAAGUGGCGACCGGAGCCGGUCGCAGGCGGCUGAGGCAAUCUCCUUAUCCAGUGUUUCUGGGCACUCGUCGAAACGUGGAACCAGUUUUACUACUGAUCAUCCCUUACGCGGCUCUUUUUCAGUGUUCAAAGCUUCCGAACCACACCUCACCCUAAAGAGAUGUAGAGUUUCCGGUCAACGUGCCAGGGCUGCGGCGGAAAAGGCGCAGGACGACAUAAUCGCAAACUUGGAGAACGAAACACCCUUAUUUCAAGGAGUUAUAUGUUCUUCUACCAUUCCUUCAGGUAGCACUGAAGCGAUUUGGCAGGACCAAGGUAUCCAAGAACUCAACCUCUGGCCAGGGGAAACCUCAAGGGGUUCUCUGGAGGAGGCCCAGCAUCAAUCGAACUGGCACACACAUCUUCAUCGAGGUUCAUUGAGCUUUGAUAGCCUAUGGUUUCCUCAGAUGGGUAGUAAUCUGAAGGCUUUCAAUAUGCCAUCGGCUCCUGCUCGAGAAACAGAGCUCAUCAAUCACUGGGCUACCAACCUUGCCCAUAAGUUGAUUCCAAUCCGCAGCCCGGCGAACCCUUUUCUGACUGUCGUUUCGCCCAUGACACUCGAGGGAAGUCGGUUGGCCAGCACCAAGUCCACCUGCACGGUCGCUUUGUUUCACGCUGUUUGCGCCAUCUCUGCAGCUCAUCAAGCAAACCUGAGGAGCUUACCGAUCGAAGAUAAGCUCGUACUUUACCACAAGGAGAUGAGUUUCCAUCAUCUAAUGCAGAACAUCAACUGCGGCGAACACGAUGAACGGAUGGCAGCUCUGUCUACUCUAUGCCUAUGGACCCUUAUACACUUCAUUACCGGAACGCCCGGAGCCUGGCGCGAAGUCGUCAAGGUAACCCGGAACCUCCUUGAAGAGACGAGCACGAAGAUCUGGAACCAUUCAACUACUGCUGCGCUUACAUAUCAGUCAUUUGCCUCCUCAUUUACCUUGAUUCAAGCGCAAUACCUCGGACGACUGGAAUUCCUGACCCCUUUCAAGACUAGUCUGCCGAAUGUAGAGACGCCCAAGAACCAAAUCAUGCCAUUACGUUCUCUCGAGCUGAUCUCUCUGUUUAACACGAAACUACAGAGAACACAUUUGUUAGCAUCAGAAGAGCUCGACCAGCUCGAGAUGGAGUUCGUUCUAACUACACCUGAGCCGUCAACAAGCUUCGAUGCUGCCAACGUAGACUCGGCAUUAGUGCACCACCACCGCUCACUGUUCUAUCACGCCUGCCUUCUCUACUUCAGGACAAAUUCAGGCCGACGUGGCUCGGAGGAAGAUAUUCAGGGUCUGGUUUCCAGGUGCUUGGACCAUAUGGAGCAACUUGAUUCAUUACAGCCGAAUAGCAACUCCACAACGUGGAUUUUCGCAACAGUUGCUUUUGAGGCUGCAAUACCAGAACUACAGGACAGGAUCAGAUAUUUGUUUUCUCAGCGAAAGUCAUUAGGGUUCGCUACCUGGGAUACUUUGCUUCUUGCAGUUGAAGAGGCUUGGGUGCGCCGUGAUGCUUCACCGUUCACAUUAGCACCGGAGCCUUGGACUCGAUUUCUCGCACAAAGGCCACAGUUCGAUGUAGUUUUGUAUUGA